UUGCUAGGAAACCUCGGCGUGCUUCGAGGCAGAGCUGCAUCCGUGUGGGAGGAGAGGAAUUAGGGUUUUUUCUUUCUUUCUUGGGGUUGUGGGGUUAAAGGGUGGCGGCGGCUGUCCAGCAGCCUUGGGUAGGUUAGAAUCCUGCUCUACUAGUGCUCAAGGCAGUCGGAAUUGGGUCGGGAGCAGGACGCCUGAGCUCUGCGUGGUCUUAGUUUACCUGCAUGUAGAAAGGGGGUCCAUGUCCCUGGCCUCUCCCCACCCCCCCCUCGAGCUCGUCCUCACUUUUCUGAUAGGCCCUUUUUGGUGGUGGCGGCGGAGGAUCUACGGUUCCAGACAUGGAAAAGACUGAUAGUAUUGACUUUAGAGCUCUGGAGAAGGAGCUACAGGCUGCACUUGCUGCUGAUGAGAAAUACCAAAGAGAGAAUGCUGCUAAGUUUCGAGCUGUGGAACAGAAGGUGGCCUCCUAUGAAGAGUUCAGGGACAUCGUGCUUGCCUCACACUUGAAACCUUUAGAGCGAAAGGACAAAAUGAAUAUCAAGAAGACAGUGCUUUGGAACUGCCACGUGUCUCAGAAAGGCACCACUCAGGAGGAGGGCACUGAUAUCUCCCAGGAGGGAAAUUGUCAGCCUGAGACAUCAUCAGAUUUCUAUAGGACUUGGCGCCGCUACUUGCGGAGUGGACCAGAGCGCUACCAGGCCCUAUUACAACUUGGAGCUCCCAAUCUGGGCCACCUCUUCCGGGAAGAUGUGGGUUUUGGACUUUUGGGUGAACUUCUGAUGACAUUGGAAGAGAAUUUUAAGCCAACUGACCAUGCUGCUGUACUGGGGAUCCUUCAUAGCUUAUCAAGAACUGGCCGAUUUGGCCUCAACAUGACCCUACUGAGCAAUAACGAGAGAGAGAGCUGUCAGAAAUUAUUCCAGAAACUCCAGGAUAUGGAUGUUACCAGGCCCAUAGAAGAAGAUCUGAACUAUAAGAAGCAAGAGCUAGAGAAACCAUACCCUGGGAAUGACGGGGCUGAGAAACUUCUACAGGAGCUAUCACAGCUAUACCAAGUCAGCUAGAGAUGUUAUCUUCCCUCAGGAAAAAAACAGCAAAUCUAACUAGCUAUCGGAGAUGUUUAAAUUCUAGCCAGUUCUUAAUAUUGUUAGCCAUCUUGCUACCUGACUCCAGUCUUUUCCUUUCAACCUUGCCUCUCCAGAACUGUGGCAAAAGGUUGGUCUCAUUCAUCCUAACCAUAAAUAGGUCUAUUUAAAACUAUGUACUUCCAAAUAGCCAAAGGCUCUUAGAGGAGCACUAGUAAACUGCAAGAAAUUUGGCUUCUUAUCCUUAAAGUCUGCCAAGAAUGGCAUCCUGGCCCUACGAUUGAAAUCCUACACUUGGUGCUUCCUACCAACCCAUGCAAACAGAAUUUUUAAAUUUUAAAUUCAGUGAUUAAUUAUUGAUUAUGCCCAUUAACAUCUACAAAUAUCUACCCCAUGCCAAUAAAGACAUUUUAUUGACACCUC